ACAGCAAGCUAAGCUCAGCUCUGUGUGGUGUAAAUAGAACAAUACAUCAGUGUGUGCGCGAACCCAGGUGCUGUAGAAAUCCAUGCUUCAUGCAGUACAUGUACGUAUACACGUACAAUUGAGUUGUCUGCUAUUUCCAUAUCCCAUGAUAUAUUCUCUUGUUGAACAAAGCCUGGGCUGCAUUAAUUAACUGUCAUCUUAAUUGUUUCUUUACAAUGGAGGGCCUGGCAACGUAAACCUUUGCCUUGAGCGUAAUUGUCUGCAUCUUAUCAUGUUUAUUUUGUUGUCAUCGCUUUCAUGAUCUGAACUUGAACAUGGAUUUGACUUCAUCAUCACAACUGAUCAAGCCAUGCAGCGUACAGAUAACAGAUUUGAGAAAAAUGAAGAAUCAAGAAGACCAUUUGCGUGGGGCCCUCAAGGAAUCCAUUCCAAGCAGCUCCAGGGAGACUCCGCCUCAAGGAGCAUGUACAGUGCUGAUUGUUCCUAAUCAGGAACCUCCAAACACCAAGGGUGGAGAACCAUCAGAAGGCACCAUGCUAGUCGUCAACGAGGAUGGCUGGAUCAAGGGUGAGCCCUCUUCUCCGGAAGGACAAGCGCAGCCUCCCAAAGGUGGAAAAUCCGGAACAGACAAUCAGCAGUCAAGCGAUGAGAUGAGUGGUGCGGAAUCAGAUUUUGAUAUCGAUGAGAAUGAUGGAGAUGAUGAAGAUGACUGGGUUCCAGAUCCCAGUAGCGAUUCGGAUUUUGAGGGAGAUGAAAGUGAGGACAAUGGAGGUGAGGGUAGGGAAGCAGGAAACAUAGAGCCUAUUGAAGUAAAUCCUGAUGAACCAUUAACGAAUGAAAUCUUGAAAAAGAUCAUGGAGGUAGUUUAUGGUGUACCAAAACCUAACCUUGAUACACUGGUUUUGUUGAAAGAACAGAUGGACGAGAGGCCAAAACUGAAGUUGAAGUUAUUGAAAGACCUGCAGCGAGGGCAUUCCAUAUUCAAAAAGAGACACAGAAGUGAUCAACAAAGGAUACAUGUGGUGAAAAAACAGUACAUUCAAACACCAAGCCCAGUCCCCGAGAGCAUUGAGAGUACCGUUCCCCAAUGGACACCACAUCAACCACUUACACUGGAGAGGGCUACAGCUCAUCUUGCAGCUCAGCAUGGUAAAGGUGAAAAUAAUACUUUACCUAAUCCUCCUUCGGCUCCUGCUAAUUAUCGUGUACCAAAUCCUGCAAUGGUUCCUGUUUUUAAUAUUUUACCGAAUGCUCCUCGGGCUUCUGUUAAUAUUUUAUCAAAUACUCGGGCUCCUGUUAAUAUUUUACCUCGUACUGCUCCAGCUCCUGUACAUGUUCCUGGUCCUGCUCUUGCCCCUGGUCUUGUCCCUGCUCAUGCUCUUCCCUUCUCUCAGAUACAGCUGCCACGCAUACAACCUGGACUACCACACAUGCUACAAAUGCCACAAAUUCUACAAAUGCCACAAAUGUCACAAACUCUGUAUCGUCCUAUAGCCCCAAAGCCACCUCUGCUACAUGUAGCUCCGCGUACCCCACCACAAAAUACAGUCAUGAAAAAGGCUCCAGAUUUACCUGCACAACCUAAGGUGACUGCACCUUCAAGUUCUCUUCCUUCAAGAACCAUCGCAGUACCAGUAUUACCUACCUUACCUUCUGCAGCUGUCACUUCCACUUCCUCUUCCUCUCCUAUUAAUCCAGAAAGCAAUGUACCGAAAAAUACUGAAAAGACACAGGAAACCAUACGUUUUAAGGAUGAAUCCAGUCCCCAAACUCGUGCAGUUUUUAUGCCAGAGAAACGAAUUGUGAAUAUCCCAGAGUUACAUCCUAGUCCUACUGGCUCACUUGAUGUCCUUGUUCCUGUCGAUGCAACUGGACAAAUGAAAGAACCUUUCAUGGGAAUCCCUCUGGACUCCUGUAAAAUUCUCUUCAAUUCAGAUUCUGAGGACGAAGAGACCGAUACAAAUGAAGCGACCGGUAAAGAUACUCCCAGUAGAAGAUCGAAUGACCCUUCCCUCCCAGGACAAUCCAGUUCUCCAAAUCCACAGUUAAGAAUUUCAACUGCCCCUGGGAUACCCCCAAAUCCCUCACGCAUCAUACCCCCGGGGAUGGUUCCUGUAGGAUUGGCACCGGCAAGCGCAAGGCCAUCCGGAGUCUUUCCAUCUGACAUGUUUCCUCCAGGUUCUAUUCCUCCUGGUAUGGUUCCAAUUGCACUACCACCAAAUGCUCUGCACUAUCCAGUCCCUGGGCCUCAUGUCAAAUGUACAUGUCCACCCGGUACCAGGCCACCCGGACCCCCUGUACACUCUCUCUUACAUCUCCAGCCAGAAGACAUGAAAAAAAUUAAUACAGUGGGUGUAUAUUCUCCUGCGAUGAAUCACCAAAGUGAGACAUCUGAUAUGAGGAAUGAAUCGCCUUCAAUAUCUCCUGUCAACGACAGGAGAGCAGAAUCACCAGGUAUCAAAAUAGCAAGCGUUCGUUCCUGCAAAAGUGAGGAGAACCCUAUCGGCGAUGCAUCACCAUCAUUGAAAGAGUCUGUAGAUCCUGGAGAGUCACCAUCAAAGGCAACAAAAGAAGGGCUUGGAAACCACCCUGGAUCUCUCCUGACUGUAAUCCUGCCAAAGUCUGCCAAAGGGCACUACAAGAACAAACACAAUUCCAAAGCCUUGUUUCAACCUUCAAGUGCUGAUCUGAAAGAAGUUCACAAUCCUGCAACCAAAGUUGAUCUGGGCUUGGUGUGGAAUGAAAUAAGCCUCUUGAGAUCAGAGAUUCACCUCAUAAAGACCAAAGUUGCAUCAGAUAUCCACAACAUUAGAACUGAUAUGGAGGAUUUUGUGAAGAUUGUGGGAGCAAGAUUAGGAAUCACACCCGUGCCUCAACAAAACAAAACUGUUCAAGGGAACGAAAGAGAAAGUGAUGGCAAAAGAAAGAGAGAGGAUCAUCAGAGUUCACGCAAACAAGCAAAAGUCUGAAAAUCUACACUGAAUAUGACAAUCAUAAAAGUUUUGAAAAAUACUGUGACAGAAAUCUAUGUAAAGGGGAAUUUCACCCUCAAAAAAUAGUUUAUUGUAAAAAUAGCAGGAACAAAUAAUGAAAAAUAUGAAAAUAUGAAGUUUUGAGGAAAAUCCAAUAAAGAUUUUAAAAAUUAUUAGAAUUUUUUUGACGUCAUAUGCAAGCAGCUUGCCAUGUAUCAAGAAUAUAAAAAAAUCAAUGAAAUAUAAUGUUCUCAAAAAUUGAUAUUUUUUGUACCUUCAGUAUAGUAACAAAUUAUUUCACAUCUGCUCCUGAAAGAAGACAAUUUUUAGUUGUUAUGAAUCAAUAUAAAAUUGCAAUUUAUGCAUUUUAUCUUACAUAACACAUGGGGCAGCUGCUCGUACAUGACGUCACAAAUCAAAAACCUAGAAUUCUAAAAACUUUCUUAAUCUUUAAUGGAUUUUCCUCAAAUAUUCACCAAUGUAUUUUCUUACUAUUUAUUCUGGUAUUUAUACAACAAACUUUCCUUUAGGGUGAACUUCCACUUUAAUCUUGUUAAUAAUUAUUUCCCUUAUUUUUAUUGUUUAUCAAAAAUAGUGAGAAUCAGCAUGCAAACGAGAGAGUCAAUAACAAGCUCACUUUUUGGAUACUCUCUGUUUCAAGAGUGUGAAAACAUGACUUGACUUUUCGUGGAAUGUAAAAGAUCAUACAUAUAUUUGAUGCAUUUUCAAUUAAUUUUCUGGAAAAAAAUACCUAAGUCAUAUUUACCCGGACUACUGAAAUAAGAAAUGUGACUCAUAAUACAACAUGUUUUGCACAAUCCUGGUCCCAUUUCAUAGAAACUUUGCUAUAACAAAUUUACAAUCAGCCAAUCAGAUUGAAGGAUUUCAGUAGCUCUUAACUGUAAAUGUAAAUUUUGUUAUUUUAAAAGGUUUGAUUAAACUGACCCCUGGUCUGUAAAAAUGCUUCAACAAAGGCGAAUAUUUGACUUGUGUGAGGUCGACUUUAUGCAAUUUUUACCUGAAACUUGAGCUUAUGAUGCUACCAACUCAUUCAUCUGCAUACAUUCAACCAAAUAUGUGCAUUUGAACCUUUAUCACUGUGACCCCGCAUAUACUUUAAACGUCUGUAAAUUUCAAAAAUUUUCAUCUUUGUCAAAUAUUUUUGUUGUUGUUCUACAUUUCACUAUGUAUUCAAAGCAUGGGUGAUUGCUUUAUGAAUGAGUAACUUUGUGUUCACUUGAAAAUGCUAGAUGUGGGACAAAAAUUAAUAAAUUGCUUUUUCCAAUGUUCCAGGAAAUGUGAGAAGCAUGCAUACCUCUUAAUGUAAAAAAGCACCCCCCCCCCCCCAACCCCACAGUGAAAGAUGUGUUGAGAUUCUAUUGUUUCUCUCAAAGGGGCCACUCACUGUAUUGGGCACACAUUGAGGAGUGGACUCAUUAAUUCAUAUCAGUGCACUCAUGAAUAAAUUAGCGUACUUAACCAUGGCAACAGGUGUCAAUUUGGCGCACUGUGACAAAAGCGCGCAUCAGCAUAAUUGGACAGUUUUUAAUAUGCGAGGUAAACAAGCAUAAGUUAUACAGGAAAUCUACAUAAUCCAUGGGUUCAACCGUUGGGUUUAAAAACCACCUUUGUGAAUUCGGGCCAAUUUCUUUCCCUUCUAAUUCACUUAUUCAUUUUUUUUUGCAUUUUGUAAGAUGUUGGCAUUAAUUAUAUGCCUGUGUGCAUCAAUGAUCUUCUCAAGCUUUGACUUGAUGAUCUACCUUUGAAUUAUGGUCAUAUGCAUUUGUCAUGUAUUUUUAGCAAUGGUUUUGACAAGACCAAUACACCCCAAACUACUAUAAACUGGCUUGAUUAAUUCUAGCACAUCUGCCCAUGGAAUAUAAAAGAUAUGGCACAAUCAAUUGUACAAUUAAACGUAAAUGUAAGGUCUAUGGUAUGGAGAACCAUGUACAAAAAUGUUCAAUUGUUUAUUGAUAUUAAUCAUAUGUCUUGGGGUUACAGGGUCCUUCAUGUAUAUUACCUAUAUUACAUGAUCUUGUUGGAUGACACACAAUAAAUGGCUUGUACAAUCACAUCAGGUUAAAGCAUUCGGUCGCGGGCAACCGCAUAACCCGGCCAUUGGAGAAAAGGGCCCCCUAAAAUACAGUCUAUCUAGUUUACCCGACCAUUUGACAGAAGUGACCCAUAAAUUCCAGAAAGAUUGGGUGCAAUUUACCCCCCUAAAUUCCUGAAAGGUUGGGUGCAAUAAUACCUGUUUUGUGAAAAUUACAGCAAAAUAUACAAAAGGUUGGGUAAACUGAAGCUGAUGUUUCAUGAAUUUAGGGGCCAUUUUCUUGAAUGGUCAGGUUACGCGAUUUCCUGACCGGACACAAUAACCCAAUGUGAUAGCACUUGCCAAAUAAACUACCUCAGUACUUGAAUGGGAAAAAGACCUUUUGAGCAACGCUAUUUAUUGGAGUUCAUUCAAUGAAAGAAAACACUUUUGCAUUGUUGAAAUAUACAUACAGGUAUAUGUUUUGCCAUUUUGCUGUGUUAUACUGUUUAUCUUGACAUUGAAUUUUCUACAGGUAUUUUACUGCAUAGUUCUCUUGCGACCUGUGAACUUAAUUCAUUCAGAGUCUGAAUACGAUUAUCAAUAUUCGGAAGGUUUAUAUUAAAGAUGAUCAAGAUGCAUUUUACUGUUCAGUCUAAACUCAACCAUUUGGAUGCUUGAAUUUAAAGGCCAAGUCUACUCAAACAAGCUGUUUUUAUGAAUGAAGAAUGUCAACAAGCAUAUACUAAAAAUUCUGCCAAAAUAGGAUGUAAAAAAGUAAUCGCAUUUCCAGGUCUCAUUUAUUUAUUAAAAAAACAGUUAAAUACUUACCCUCCUGAUCAGAACGCAAAUGAGGAGCCAAUGAAGUCACACACUCAUACAAUUUCUUUUGUAUUUCAUUAUUUGAAGCUCAGAUAAAAAUAUUCAGCGCUUAAUGAAGUUAAGCAUGAUGUAAAUGUGCCUGCCAUAUUAUCAUUACUAUUUCAUGAAAUGAAAACAAAUUCAUUCUUUACAUUUUGAUGAUAAAAAGGAUCUCCACCAAAUCACAAUAAUCACAAUGGUUUUAUAUUUUCCAUGAGAACAAGUUGUUAAACCAAGUUUUACAUAAUUGUGUGGGCAGUGUGACAUUAUAGGCUCUCUCAUUUGUGUAUCACCAAUCACUCACAUUUUGCUGUUUGUGCCAAUGAGAACAAUUUUAGAAUGUCAAUAUUUCAUCUUAUUUCAAAAGAAUUUCAUUCUCUAUUUAUUCAAAUCAGUUUAAUGUCGUGUCGGACUUGACCUAAAUGUGUUCUUAUUGUUACCCUAUGUAUAACAUUCAUAUUCAUUUUCGCAAUAAUUCAUGCAAUUACUAUUUAGUUACCUGAUUUUAGGGAAAAUAUUUUUCUCCCCAAUCAAGUCCCUCUGGUCCCCAAUACCCCUUCCUUGUAGCCCCCUCCUCUCCCCCCCCCCUUGUCCACCUCUCCCCCUCCCCUUUAUCCCCCCACUCACUAUUCCCCCUCUCCCACUCUCCUCCCUACAGUCUUUUCUUUCCUCCUCUCUGUUAUGGUUUUUGCUAAUUCUUUCUCUCUCCCAGUGAACACAUAAAUAUUAUGUAUGUUUGGUUUGAAACUUGCAUUAUAAUUUAUCUUUAAACUGGAUGUUUAUUGAAAAUGUUAUGUGAACUGUUGCAUUGUUUUGUCUAAACUGUUAUGACAAAUUAUUAAUAGUUUUAAAAUUGAUUUGAAUUUUGAAUUUGAAUUGAAUAAAGUUCAGAAAUGUCAA